GUGGUGCGAUUGCGCGGACGGCGAUUUUGCUUUGGUUGGUUGAGCCUACUGCGAUUUGUGUAUGAAGUGAGUAAUGGGAGGUUGUAACGGAUUUGUUUAUAUCAAAAACAACAUUUAUUUUAGUAUUUAUUAGGAUAAGUUCAAGAAACUUUGUGUGAAAUUAGUGCAAAUUUACAAAAUCAAAGUGAAUUGUAUUGUUUACAUGUUUUUGUGCGGAGGAACACUGUUGGAAACAAUACGUCUUCAUGGGCGUUAACUUCAGGCUCCUUUUAUGAAAAGACUGAAUUAUGAAGUAUAAGGUUAUUUUAACGAUAUCAAUAUUUGGUAUACUUCGAACAUGUUAUACGCAAGAGUAUGCGGUUCCAACGUACAAUACCGACACGAGUUUACCAAACGAGUACCCGGGGACCAACGAUCCCAAAUACGACAACCCGUACGAUCCAAAUCGGAGGUACCAGAACCAAUAUGAUAUAAACCAGUACGACCGAAACCGAAACCCUUACAACGACCAGCGGAAUGACUACGAUAGGAACGAACCGGUGUACAAUCCCAAUCCUUACAACCCUGAAACGGCAGCUAAUGGGGCAAACCCAUGGGAUGUGAACAGAUCAUACAAUACAGCCGUGAGAGGGGAACUGGAACAUGACAGUGUUAUCAUCAAUGAAGCGACAUACUUUAUAGUAGCAUCCCGAAUGAUCCGUCCAGGCCAAGUAUACAAAAUAUCCACUAACAUCCUGCGUGCGAGACUGCAGACCACCAUCAGGGCUUCCAUCUCAUGUAACGGUGUGGAGAUUGCCGAUGUCAGUGGGAGAGUUAAGGAGGGAGUGCCUGAAGUUUUGAAUAUGAAGGUCCCUGAGACGUCGGUCCCUGGAGAUUACAAGCUUCGAGUCGAGGGACUGUACCUAGAUGACCCAUUCGGGGGACAUGCUUUCGUCAAUGAGACCCAGCUCACAUUCUCGAGAAGGUUCAUGACAAUAUUCAUACAGAUGGACAAACCUGUUUAUAUGCAGAGUCAGACUGUGCAUUUCCGCGUGAUCCCUAUCAACACGGGUCUGAAGGCUUUCGGGCGUGCGGUCGAUGUCUUCAUCCUGGACCCCAACCGCCGCAUCAUGAAGCGCUGGCUGUCCCGACAGAGUAACUUCGGUACCGUAAGUCUGCAGUACCAGCUCUCCGACCAGCCAGUGUUUGGAGAAUGGAUGGUUCGGGUGGAGGCCAUGGGACAGGUGGAAGAGGCACAGUUCCUGGUUGAGGAGUACUAUCAGACGCGGUUCGAGGUGAACGUGACAAUGCCGGCUUUCCUGUUCAACAGCGACGCGUACAUCACGGGGCGCGUGAUGGCCAACUACACGUCCGGCGCGCCCGUGCGCGGCAACCUCACGCUCAAGGCCACCGUGCGCCCCGUGCCCGUGCGCCGCCACCGCCCCGACCGUCCUGACUAUAGAAUGCGACCGAAUUACAACCCGUACCUCUACAACGAGACGGGUCAAUACGACCCCAACAGCCCAUACCAGUAUCAAUACGACGAUGGCCGCCCCCCGUACCGCCCCGGGCAGCCCAACCAGCUCGACCACCCGGACUGGUGGUACGACCCACAGAAAGUCUACACGAGGGUGUUUAACUUUGACGAAGAAUACCCGUUCUGGAUGCCCAAGCCGGAUCCGAUUCAGUUUGCGCUGCACAACCCGAGCGACCCCAACUACAACCAGUAUAGCACACCAUCCUCGUACAACUACUACACCAAUACUCAGUACACGAAGCUGCCUUACUUGAGAUUUUUCAACGGUACCUACGAGUUCAGGUAUCCGAUGGCGGAGCUGGCGCAACUAGUGCCUGUACUCGACGGCGUGGAGGUGAUCAUCACCGCCUCAGUCGGAGACCCGUUCCUCGACGAGGUGAUAGAGGGCUACAGCAUCGCCCGGAUAUACAACUCGUCGCUAGCCGUGAAUAUACUCGGCGGAGAGCUGCAGGUCUUCAAGCCGCAUAUGCCAUUUGAUAUCUAUAUGGUGGUAUCCUACCACGACGGUUCCCCGCUGCCGGAGUGGCGUGCGCGCGGCGUGGCGCUGUCGGUGAACCUCCAGGUGCAGGGUCGAGGGUCCGCGCCGGAGCCGCUCCGGCCGAUGCUGCUGCCCGGACAUGAUGCUGUAUGGCAUCUGAAGGUCGACCUGUAUAAGUUGCUGCGUCUGGAGAAGGAGCCCAACUACCGCGAGAUCCUGAGCGGCGUGACGGGUGUGCGAGUGUCGGUGACGCUGUCGGACGGCGUGGGCGGACGCGCGACUGCGGACGCUGCCUUCGUGCCGCACUACAGCCCCGGACACAGACACCUGCGAGUGUCCACUACUACUACGGACGCCCGGGUGGGCGAGUACAUAAUAUUCCACGUGGCGAGCAACUUCUUCAUGGAGUCGUUCAACUACGUCGUCAUGUCCAAGGGCAUCAUACUCACCAGCGGACAGGAGAACAUGCAGGAGGGUGUCCGCACGUUCUCCGUGGUGGUGUCUGCGGAGAUGUCCCCGGUGGCGACGCUGGUGCUGUGGACGCACUCACGCCGCGCCACAGUACUCGCCGACUCGCUCACGUUCCCCGUCAAUGGACUCACACGGAACAACUUUACGGUGACGAUCAACAACCGCAAGCACCGAUCCGGCGAGCGCGUGGAGGUGGCGGUGUACGGCGAGCCGGGCGCGUACGUUGGCCUCGCCGCCAUCGACCACGCCUUCUACACCAUGCAGGCCGGCAACGAGCUCACAUACGCCAAGGUGAUAUCCAAGAUGGCGUCGUUCGACGAGUCAACGAACGGCACGUUUUCGUACACGUGGCGAUCGCACGCCGGCGAUCCUGACGAACUUGUAUACUUCCCGUCCUCUAGCUUCGGUAUCGACGCCAAUAGGACUUUCGAUUUCGCGGGCUUAGUGGUGUUCAGCGACGUGGCGGUGACGCGGCGCUACUCGGCGUGUAACGCGUCGCUGGGCCUGGCGGAGUGUCUCGACGGCAGCUGCUACCCCGCCGACAAGCGCUGCGACCUCGUGCCCGAUUGUAGCGACCGCACCGACGAGGCCAACUGCGACCACUCCGAUCCCGAAGCUCUACGUCAGUUCCGCCGCUUCCGCUUCAGUCGUGUGCGUCGUCAGUACGACAACGUGUGGCUGUGGCGCGACGUGAACAUCGGCCCGCACGGCCGCUACGUGUUCACCGUGCCCGUGCCCGCCGCGCCCGCGCAGUGGACGCUGUCAGCGUUCAGCGUGUCGCCCAGCUACGGGCUGGCGCUGCUGCCCAAGCCUGUCCAGUACGUGGGCAUCCUCCCGUUUUUCACGGUGGUGGAGGGUCCGGCGCGGUGUCGUCAGGGCGAGCAGCUCGGCCUCCGCGUUGCCGUGUUCAACUACGAGCCGCGGGCGGUGGAAGCGGUGCUCGUGCUGGCCGCCUCCCCAGACUACAAGUUCGUGCAUGUGGAGGAGAAUGGCAUUGUCCGGUCGUACAACCCGCGCACGUCGUUCGGCGAGCACCAAUUCUUCGUGUACAUACCGGCGGGCGACGCCACCACGGUACAUAUCCCGGUCGUGCCCGCGCGCCUCGGCGAAGUUACCGUCACCGUGCACGCCAGCACGCUGCAGGGACGACACACGGUCACGCACACCGUCAUGGUUGAGUCUGAUGGUCUACCUCAACACCGUCAUCAAUCUGUGCUCCUCGAUCUGUCAACGCGCGCGUACGUGUUCCAAUACAUGCACGUGAACGUGACGGAAACGCCCAUCAUACCGUACGGCGUCGACCGCUACUACGUGUUCGGUUCGAACCGCGCGCGGCUGUCCGUUGUCGGCGAUGUCGUCGGACCCUUAUUCCCGGAUAUGCCGAUCAAUGCGACCAGCUUGUUAGAUUUGCCUAUGGACUCAGCGGAACAGAACAUGUUCAGUUUCGCCGCCAACAUGUAUAUGACGCUAUACAUGCGGCUGAUCAACCAGCGCAACCGCACGCUGGAGCACGGCGCCUUCUACCACAUGAACGUGCUGUACCAGCGGCAGCUGUCCUUCAUGAAGCCCGACGGGUCGUUCGGCCUGUUCAGGAACGACUGGAAUCAAUCAGCGUCUAGCGUGUGGCUGACGUCGUUCUGCGCCAAGAUAUUCCAAGACGCGUCCUUCAACGAGUGGGAGAACUUCAUUUAUAUUGAUCCCGAGGUGAUAUCUAUGGCGGUGUCGUGGGUACUAGAACACCAGAUGCCGGAGGGCGCGUUUUACGAGGUCACGUGGCUCCCCAACAGAAACGACAACAGCACCAUCAGCGUGCCCAUGGACAGCCAGCUGUAUCGUGAAGCCGCGCAUCAGUUGCACGGACAGCAGGUCAACAAUUCGAUUCUACUGCAACGAAACAUAACGCUGACGGCGCAGGUUGUGAUAACUCUGGAAACUGUCAAGAAUCUCAAAGAUAUCGGAAAUAGAGAGGGUCUGAGCGCACGGGUGUCGCACGCCCAAACGCGUGGCAUAGCGUGGCUGGAGCGACAUCUGCAACUGCUGCUGGAGUUCGGCGAGCCGUACGCGCUCGCGCUGGUGGCGUACGCGCUGUCCUACAGCAAGGCGCCGUCAGCUGAACACGCCUACCGCCUGCUCAAGCGACGCCAGCGGUCUGAAGGUGGUCUGGUGUACUGGGGCAAGGAGCAGGUGCCGCAGCCGCCGUACAAGAUGGAGAACCAGAAGCCGUUCCUGCUGCCGCGGCUGCCGUACAAGCACGACUCCAACAACAUCGCCGCCACCGCGUACGCGCUGCUCGCCUGCAUGGACCACCAGGACAACAACGAGCCGAUAGUGAUGUGGCUGAACUCGCAGCGUCUCCACGACGGCGGCUGGGCCUCUACACAGGACACAUACAUAGCACUGCGCGCGCUCAUAGAAUACACGAACCGCAAGCGACUUCGUGAUGUGAGCUCGCUCACCGUGAGCGUGGACGCAGUCGCGCUGCGCGGCACGCACACCGUGCGCCUCGACAACAGCAACCUCGCGGUCAUGCGCACCUUAGACAUACCGGAAGCGUGGGGUACUGUGAAGGUGUCUGCUCGCGGCGCCGGGUACGCCAUCCUCCAACUGUCAGUACAAUACAACGUGGACGCGCCGCGCUUCCAAACCCCGCCCCCCGUGCCCGCCUUCGAUCUGCGUGCACGUGCGCUCUACCACGGCAGGAAUCAGUCGCAUAUCAGCUAUCAGACUUGUGCCAGUUGGACACUAGAAUCCGAGUCGCCGCGCUCCGGCCUAGCGGUGCUGGAGGUGGCGGUGCCGACGGGCUACAUGCUGCAGCAGCAGCGGCUGGACAGCUACGUGCUGGAGCGCCGCGUCUCGCGCCUCCAGCGGGCCAAGUACACGCCCACACGCCUGUACUUCUACUUUGAUUACCUGGACGUUGAGCCGACGUGCGUGAAUUUCACGCUGGAGCGGUGGUUCCCCGUCGCCAACAUGUCGCGCUACCUGCCCAUCAAGGUCUACGACUACUACGCGCCAGAACGCUUCAAUGAGACGAUGUUCGACGCGCUACCGACGUAUUUACUCAACAUCUGCGAGGUGUGCGGCUCCUCCCAGUGCCCGUACUGUGCUAUAUACAACGCCGCGUCCGCUAUAGCGCUUACCGCGACUGCCGCGCUGUUAGCUGUAAUGCUGAUGAUUAUUAACCACUAAGGACGAUCUAGGGGACAAUUCUGCUGAAAUUUAAUUCUACACACGAGUUCUGAGCUGCAAGAAUAACUAGACAAUUGACAAGGCGUGAAACUGUUUCAGUACCCGUUCUGCGCCUGCUAUAGUGCUCACUGCCACUGUCGCGUUACUAGCUGUAGUGCUGAUGAUUAUUAACUACUAAGGAUGAUCUGGGGGUCAAAUCUGACGCCGUUAGCACGAAGGAUCCGUGACCAAUCCAACCGAUUAUAGAAAUCUUCGCCAAUCGCAAUCAUGGGUAUUCACGAUGCUUAACAAAAAACCUUUAAGUGCCUUAUCACACUGGCGAUUAGCGAGCGAUUUGAAAGG